UACAAACUGGUUUUAUCACUCGGCAGUCGGCACUCGACGUUGGUUUUUCCCAUUACGUUUCAUAUUUCUAUAGAUGUUAAACGUUUAUAAACGUUGUACAUAUAAAAGUGCUUUACUCGUCAUUUGUAUUGGCUGUAUGGGAAACAUACCGUAGUGUAUAUACUUUAUUAGUUUAAUUUUAAAAUAAAUGAUAACCAAAAUGCAUUUAUCGUUAUGUGUUUUCGUACUUUGUGUGUGCAGUGGUUACACUUUACAUCUUAUACCAAAACCUAGUAACAAUAUUAGAUUAUCUGAAAGAAUCGGCAACUUUUCAGUGGAAUUAAUUGACCGGACCUUAACCCAAACACCUACUUCUAAUGUUGUUAUAUCUCCAAUAACCAUAUGGACUGUACUUGCUGUAAUUGCUGAAGGAUCUGCCAACAAUACCUUAAAGGAAGUGUGUAAUACGUUGAGAAUAGUUCCUGAAAACUUAAGAAACGUAAGGGAAAGCUUUAAAAGUAUAGAAAAGUACCUAAUAGUGAAGACGACCACAGUUGAUUUAAACAAGUUCAAUAUUUUGUUUGUGGAUAAAUGUGUUAGUCCUACACGGAAAUUCGAAUUAGUUGCAAGAGACUAUAAUGUAUCAUUUGCUUCACUUAAUUUUUCGGAGCCAUAUAAAACAGCUAACUAUGUUAACAGUAAAGUGUACAACUUUACCCAGGGCAAAAUAUCAGACUUGAUUUCAGGUGAUGACUUAAUAAAUAGUCACAUGAUCCUUACAAGUGCCUUACAUUUUAAAGGGCAGUGGACAUUUAAAUUUAAUAAAUCAGCCACAACAAAAGCUCCAUUCUUUGACAACCAAGGAAAUGUAAUAGGACAAGUUAAUAUGAUGUACAAUCGUCAAAUAUUACCAUUUGCAAACUUUAAGGAUCUUAAAGCAAGAAUAAUUGAAUUACCUUAUGGUAAAGAAAACCGUCUUUCAAUGCUGGUUAUGUUGCCAUACCAAAAUGUUACUGUUAAUGAAAUGUUUCUGAAUCUUAACCGAAUGUCAUUAGACCAUAUUCUUGCUAGCUUAGCAAAGUCUUUGAAUGAAUUUCCUGAAGACGAAAUAGAUAUUUAUUUGCCCCGCUUUAAAGUUGAAACCAGCUUAGAUUUGACUGAUACACUUAAAAGUAUGGGUAUAAAAGAUUUGUUUGAUAGCUCACUAUCAAACUUGAAGAAUAUGGUGAAAAUACCAUCAUUUGUGUCAAAGGUUGCCCAUAAAGCAGUGAUUGAGGUAACAGAGGAAGGAACUAGUGCAGCAGCAGCUGCUGCAGCAGCAUUUAGCUAUCGAAUUGGUGUUACAAAGUUUGAAACAAAUAGACCUUUUGGGUAUAUGAUUGUGGAAAAAACUACUAACACUAUACCAUUUGCCGGUUCAUACAAUAUGCCUGAAUUGUAUGAGUCAUAAUUAUGUAGCGUAGUUCUAAAGACCUUGAUGACAUUUUACCUUGCACUCACAUGUGACAUUUUUCCUCAAAGCAGUGUUUAUUAUUCCUCUAUAUUUACUAUAAAACUAUAUUUAUCUCUUCAUAUACACAUUCCUGAUUAACUUCUGUCAUUAAUAAAUAAAAUGUUCUAUUAGUUAGUUAUUUGGACAGGUAAUAUGCUUUAAUUAAGUAUUUAAAUUGCUUAAAAUGUUUUAUGAUCUGUAUAGUUUUCUUUACUGUACUGUGUGUGGAUGAAUUUGUGUUUUGUACAUAUUAUAUGUGUGUUUGUAGAAUUGUAUGCUAGUGGAUUUUAACAAUAAUUAUGUAAAUAUAAUAGUCCUUUUAGUUUAUUGUUAAUGAAAUGAUUGAUUUAUUGUUAUAAUUGUUUAUUAUUUAUUUAGAUGUAAUUUAAUAGUUACUAACAUGGCCAGGCCAUGUAUGACAAGUAAGGCCACAUUUUGUACAAAGAAAUUGAAAUAUAAAUGAAUUAUCUUA